AUGAUCUACAGCGUGACCUGGAAUAGAGAUGGCAGUCUGCUCUGCACUGCCUGCAAGGACAAGGCUCUGCGUGUCAUCGACCCCCGCAGAGGAACUGUGGUCAAGGUGUGGCAGAUUCCAGAUGAGGGUCUGGUGACCCCAAUGACUGAGCCCCUCGUGUCUUUGGAGGGUCACUCCAAGAGAGUGGGUAUCCUGGCCUGGCACCCCACUGCCCUGAACGUGCUGCUGAGUGCAGUCAACCCCAAAUUCCUCGCCAUCAUCAUCGAGGCCAGUGGGGGCGGCGCCUUCCUCGUCCUGCCACUUCACAAGGUCUGUCUGAGAGCUGGGGCUCACGAUGGCUCCAGACCCAUGAGAGCUGUGUUUCUGUCUGAUGGAAAGAUCUUCACCACUGGCUUCAGCCGGAUGAGCGAGAGACAGCUGGCACUGUGGGAUGUGAAUGAUCUGGAGGAGCCCAUGGUGAUGCAGGAGAUGGACAGCAGCAAUGGAGUCCUGUUGCCUUUCUAUGACCCCGACACCAACAUUGUCUACCUCUGCGGGAAGGGAGACUGCAGCAUCCGCUACUUCGAGGUGACAGCGGAGCCGCCCUUUGUUCACUUCCUGAACAGCUUCACCAGCAAGGAGCCCCAGAGGGGGAUGGGCUUCCUGUGCAAGAGAGGGGUUGAUGUCAACAAGUGUGAGAUAGCCAGGUUCUACAAGCUGCACGAGAGGAAGUGUGAGCCCAUUUCCAUGACCGUUCCUCGAAAGGUAGGAGCAGAUCUUGUCCCGGGGAAGGGAGCCGUUUCCUGGUAUGGGGCUGCCAACCCCUGAGCCAGCAUAUCACCAGAUUAAACGUGGAUGCUUGGGCUGCAGUUUGUGGCUCAGGGGUCGGCAGUCUCACAUUUGGUGGUAGUAGUCGGAUCGGUAUGUACCCGAGUGGUCUGUCAAGCCUGCGUGCCCAGUUUUCCACAGGGAGAAUAGGGUUCAGCUGAUUGGCCCUGUGCAGAAUUGGACAUCCCUCAGGAGCUGCAGUAGUCAGUGUAUCAGUAGACGGGUGCAGAGGAUGGGGGGGGUGUGAAUGAGUGAUGAUCUCACAGCUUUUGUGAGGAUGUCACAACUUUGUGAUGACGUCAUGUCUCUGUAUACCCUGAAAGAAUGAUCUGAAGGUCUAAGAUCCUGCAGCUCAGGGAGGGCUGUGUUACCGGCAUCCUGAACGUUAGGGUGUUUAGAUAACACAGAUAUGUUUACUUAACUCCUGGGCUUUAACACUGGCAGUCAACCGGCAGUCCUAAUGCCAGUUUAGGCUUGAAAACUUAGGAGUUAACUGGAACUUGUAAGGGUUUUGUUAUGGAUUGGAUUUAUUAACGAAAGAUGAAUCUACACAGAAUUUGGCUUUUGUUUCUCUAGUGUGUACUGCAUUCCCCCAUUCAUUUGAAUACUCCAGAGUCUCGCCCGAGUAGAGAAGGGAGGGGUGGCUGGGGGAAGGAAGAGGAGCUGUCCAGGCAGUCAGUGCUUCAGGAUUGACCCUCCUGCCCUGUCUCUCUCUCUCUCAAUUCAAUUCAAUUCAAGGUGCUUUAUUAGCAUGA